AUGAACUGCAGUGUCAGUGAUAAGCGUCACCUUCCGAAACGCCAAACUGUCGUUAGAGGAAUCCGGGUCUCCAGACUUACUUUUCUUAUGGACUUCCUGCGGCUUCGCGAUAUCAUCCUGGAAGCCAGAUACGGUUCUCAUCGGAAACAAAGACGAAGUCGCACAGCCUUCACCAAUCAACAGUUAGCUGCCCUAGAGAAGACAUUUGCCAAGACGCAUUACCCGGAUGUUGUAAUGCGCGAAAGAUUGGCCAUGAUGACAAGUUUGCCUGAAGCGAGAAUACAGGUCUGGUUUAAAAACAGACGAGCUAAAUUUCGCAAGAAGCAAAAGGCUUUAAAACAGAAAGAACGACAGCAAGGUGAUUCGGCAACGGUCGAGUGUGACAACAACUCGUGUCGUGACAACAGCACCGACAAAAGUCAUGCCCUUUCUUUGCAGCAGCACCUGUUGCAGCACACGCAACUAACACAUACCGGAUCGACCGGUGAUGGGCAAGCGGCGGUCGGGGGCAGCAGUACUAUGAACAGUGUGGCGAUAGGAUCCCUGUCCCAGGCCGAGGAAACUCCAGAUGUCGGCGAGAUGUCGCAUCGAAUGGAUAUACACGGGGAUGAAGAUGUAGCAAUGGAUCAAAGCUGCGAUGUCGGUGACCAUACCCCGAAAUGUAUAGAAGAUCCCAAAUUAGCCAAUAACGCAGGUAUGUAUCUCUUCUUUUGUGGGUAUCUAUCUAUCUAUCUAUCUAUCUAUCUAUCUAUCUAUCUAUCUAUCUAUCUAUCUCAAUCUGUUUAUAUCUAUCUAUCUAUCUAUCUCAAUCUGCUUAUAUCUAUCUAUCUAUCUAUCUAUCUACCUAUCUAUCUAUCUAUCUAUCUAUCACAGUCUGUUGAUAUUUCUGACAGUUUUCUCAUAUCUAUCUAUCUAUCUAUCUAUCUAUCUAUCUAUCUAUCUAUCUCAAUCUGUUUAUAUCUAUCUAUCUAUCUAUCUAUCUAUCUAUCUAUCUCAAUCUGCUUAUAUCUAUCUAUCUAUCUAUCUAUCUAUCUAUCUAUCUAUCACAGUCUGUUGAUAUUUCUGACAGUUUUCUCAUAUCUAUCUAUCUAUCUAUCUAUCUAUCUAUCUAUCUAUCUAUCUGUUUAUAUCUAUCUAUCUAUCUAUCUAUCUCAAUCUGCUUAUAUCUAUCUAUCUAUCUAUCUAUCUAUCUAUCUAUCUAUCUAUCACAGUCUUUUGAUAUUUCUGACAGUUUUCUCACAUCUAUCUAUCUAUCUAUCUAUCUAUCUAUCUAUCUAUCUAUCUCAAUCUGUUUAUAUCUAUCUAUCUAUCUAUCUAUCUAUCUAUCUAUCUAUCUAUCUAUCUAUCUAUCCCAGUCUGUUCAUUAUCUAUCUAUCUAUCUAUCUAUCUAUCUAUCUAUCUAUCUAUCUAUCUAUCUAUCACAGUCUGUUGAUAUUUCUGACAGUUUUCUCAUAUCUAUCUAUCUAUCUAUCUAUCUAUCUAUCUAUCUAUCUAUCUAUAUCUAUCUAUCUAUCUCAGUCUGUUCAUAUCUAUCUAUCUCAAUCUGUUCAUUAUCUAUCUAUCGAUCUAUCUAUCUAUCUCAAUCUAUUUAUACUUAUCUCAUUCUGUUCUUAUGCAUACAUCUAUCUAUCUAUCUAUCUAUCUAUCUCAAUCUGUUCAUAUCUAUCUAUCUAUCUAUCUAUCUAUAUAUAUAUAUAUAUAUAUAUAUAUAUAUAUAUAUAUAUAUAUAUAUAUAUCCAUCUCAAUCUAUCUAUCUAUCUAUCUAUCUAUCUAUCUAUCUCAAUCUGUUCAUAUCUAUCUAUCUAUCUAUCUAUCUAUCUAUCUAUCUAUCUAUCUAUUGACUCAUCGAUCGAUUGGUCGAUCUGUAACUGUCGGUUUAUCUCACAUACGGAGGAAAAUAGGAGUAGCGGCUGGGAGGUGGGUAGAAAAAGAAAAGACGAUAACGAUAUUCACCACACCUUCUUCCAUUACAUGUCACUUCAUUCCCUCCUCGUCCUCCUCCUCCACUUUUUCUCCUCUUCCUUCACAAUUUUUUCCUCUUACUUUUUCUCUGCCUUCCCUUCUUCCUUUUCCAUUUUUCUCCUCCUACUUAUUCUCUUCCUUCCCCUCUUCCUUCUCCAUUUUUCUCCUCCUACUUAUUCUUUUCCUUCCCCUCUUCCUUCUCCAUUUUUCUCCUCCUACUUAUUCUCUUCCUUCCCCUCUCCCUUCUCCAUUUUCUCCUCCUACUUAUUCUCUCCCUCACCUCUUCCUUCUCCAUUUUUCUCCUCCCCUCACCUCUUCCUUCUUCAUUUUUCUCCUCGUACUUUUUCUCUUCCCUCACCUCUUUCUUGUCCAUAUUUCUCCUCCUACUUUUUGUCUCCUCUCACCUCUACCUUCUUCAUUUUUUCUCCUACUAUUUUUUCUCCCCUAUUUCUACAUGGGAUUUUUCUUUCUGAUUUUCUCUUUUUUUCUUCUCUCUUUUCUUUUGAUAUUUUCUUUCUUUUUUCUUCAUUUGUAAUUUUUCUAUUCCUUCUCUCUAUCUACAUUCUGUCAUCAUCAUGUUUCUCACUUUUCUCCUCUUUUGUGUUUCUUUCUUUUUCUUUCGAUGUGCUUCCUUUUCGUCUUACUCCUCUUCCUCCUCCUACUUCCGUGUACGUCUCUCUUCUUUCUUUUCUUCUUUCUUUUCUUUCUUUUUCUUUUUUCGUCUUCUUUUUCCUGAAACUUUCUCAUCACCCCCUUUCAUGCAGCCUUCUCCUCUUCCUCUUCAAUUGCCUCAUUCUCUUUCUUGGGAAUAUCCCAAUCGGAGAGUACCUGAGUGAACAUGGCUACUCUCUCUUACGCUCACUCACGCUCUCUCUCUCUCUCACGCUCUCUCUCUCUAUUUUUUUUUCUCUCUCUCUCUCUCUGUCUCUUUCUCUCUCUCUCUCUCUCUCUGAACCCUUCGCUCACACAACUCCGACACCGGCUAGCGCCACAAGCUCGGGUAGCGUGCUACAAAUCAGUCCCAACGCAGCCUUGACGGCCGCCUACCCAGGUUGGCCAUACUAUAUUCCAGCAUCACUACCACAGUUGUCUUCUCUGACUGGAGAAUCGUUCGCCACUGGAGGACAGCAUACUACUGGUCAGAGUUCGAACCUGUCACCAGCUGGCGCUGCAGCCGCCGCUGCCGCUGCGGCAGCAGCUGACAUCACAGGCCAAAAGGACGCCAUAUUGUCUUCGACCUCUCUUUCUCCCACCCUCUCUGUCUCUCUCUCUCGUUCUUUGUCUCCUUUUUUAAAGAUGCGUAGACAACCACCCACACGCGUCUACCUUUCCCUCUCUUUCUUUUUCCUUCUCUAUCUCGCAUUGUAG